GUGGCUGUAGUAAACGGAAAUGCUUAGCUAGUUAUUCUUGAUGCCAUCACUUCCUGCGCAACCAAAGAUAAGAAUAAAUGACAAGAAAACACGAACUAGUAUCUAACAUUAGCUACUUCACUUUAAAAAAUGUCUAAAAUACAGUUGUUGAGAGUUUUUCUCAACAAGAGAUUAACAGCUGCUGCUGGGGAGAUAUUCGUUUUAGUUGAGAAAACGCUAGCAGAGAUUCAGGACGAAGUUCUUCGUUCAAAAGAAGAAAACCACCGUCUACAAAGGCUACUUGACAUAAAGCUACUCGAAGGCAGAUCAGACCUACAGCAGUUCACCCUCUCAGUCUCCGAAGUGGAGGCACCCCCUGAGCAGCAGCACUGUGAGCAGGAGAAAACCCCCAGUCUGGGGCAGGAAGACCCAGAGCCCACACAGAUUAAAGAGGAACAGGGGGAACUCGGGGCCAGUCAAGAGGAAGAGCAGCUUCAAGGACUUGAGACACAUACCAUAGAGUUCAUAUUCACUCCUGUCUGUGUGAAAAGUGACUGUGAUGAGGACCCAACUCAGCCCUCACAUCUCUAUCAAGCCCCAAAGGAAGGGAACAGAGAGGGAGACACUCUACCCAAUACUACAACUGAACAGAUAAAAACAGAACCUGAUGGAGAAGACUACAGAGAAUCCGAACCAACCAGUGAUUCUCAGACCCUCUCUGCAGUAAAUCCAGACUGUUCUGCGGCUCAGAGUGAAAACUCUGAAAGUGUUCAUAGUAUUAAAAAUGCAGGAGCUCCUUCAGGUUUUAAGCCAGUCAAAUCAAAGAGAAAACGGAUGGUAAAAAUCCAAAGUUCCUAUAUCAAUACUAAGGUUAGAAAAUCCAUAGAGUUAUCUAACCUGAAAUCAUCCAGUCAAAGUAAUGCUGCUGCUUCUUGUUGUAAGGUGUGUGGCAAGUCUUUUCUUUACAUGGGUUCAUUAUUGAAACAUGUGCAAACUCAUAUAAAAGAUCAAGAACAUCUUUGUGGUGUGUGUGGAAUGCGUUUUCAGUCACAACAAAGUAUGAUAGAUCACCACCAAACUCACAUCGGAGCUAGGUUUUCUUGUCAGGUUUGUAGUAAAUGUUUCACUACGGAAUAUGAUAUGUCAGUGCACAUGAGGAUCCACACAGAUGAGAAAGAAUAUCAAUGCCCUGAUUGUGGCAAAAGCUACACUCAGUUUGGAUAUCUACAAGUACACAUGAGGAGCCACACAGGGGAGAAACCUCCAUUUCCCUGCCCUGAUUGUGACAAAGGAUUCCACCGGAGUGACCAUCUAAAGAGACACAUGAGAAGCCACACAGAAGAGAAGCUAUACCAGUGCCGUGAUUGUGGCAAAGGAUUUAGCACUGCUAGCAAUCUGAAAACCCACUUAAAGAUCCACAUAGGGGAUAAGUCGUACCACUGUCGUGAAUGUGGCAAACAAUUCAUUUCCAAUGGUGAACUAAAAAGGCACAUAAGGAUUCACACAGGGGAGAAAUCAUUCCGCUGCCCUGAUUGUGGAACAGGUUUCAGUCAGAAUCACCAUCUGAAAAGACACAUGGGGACCCACACUAGGGAGAAAGCAAAGGGUUAUUCCAGAAAGCAAGAUCAAUGAGUUACCCAGCUUUUACCAAGCUUACUUUAGUCGGAUCUCAAAACAACUCAGCAUUUCACGCUCCAGAGAAGUAUGGCACGAAGCAGGAUAGAGGAUUUCGCAAGCAAACUUUGGUAAACAUUUGAAUUCAACUCGGAAUAACCUUUGUCACGAAGUUGGCUCACCUUUUAACCAUUACUAGGGCAAUGCUGAUUUUGUGUGGUGUUGAGGACCAAUUAAAUCAGUAUUUACAUCCAGAAAGGAGUGUGCAAUUACAUCCCCUUCCUAUGGACCAUUUUUGUUUGUUGUAAGGGGCAAUAUGAUAUUGGAACAUCCAUUUUAGGACUUUUAAUUUGCUGAUAUAUAGGCUAGCCAUUGAUUCUUGAAGAAAAUAACAAAAAUUGCCUCAUGAGCUUGGUUCAACUGAGCUUAGUUCAACUUUAGAACCCAAAAUAUAAGCCAUUGUUUGUAAAACAAAAUG